AUGUCACACUUCUUCUAUUUGACUCCCCAGAUCCUUCUGCCCUUUAGCCCCCUGACCUCUCAGGAGUUCGAUCUGAUCAGACGCAAGGCUGGCGCGUCUUGGCAGAAUGAAGCAAGAUGGUCAGCUGCUUCCUUAACGACAUACGCGGGCAGUUACCGGAGAAAAGAGCUGGAGGAACCCGCAGGCCGCCGACCUUCUUCGGAAGCAGGACAGCCCCGGCCCGAGCGUCCCCAGAUGUCAUCGCCAAAUGGCUCCGCCUUCACCCCGUCACUCUGCAGGGCUGGUCCCCAGGACACUGCAGGUGCUAGAGGACUGUUCCCUCCUCUAACCAGUUCCUUUAAACAGUCACUUGAUGUCAAGCACAGAGUGGCACACCAGAUCCUGUGGGGCAAUUUUCUUCCAGCGCCUCCAAGUUAUGAAAGAUCAUAUGUGAGAACUAAAAAGCCAGCCUUUGAGAACCUGAUGAAGUACAACCAGCGAAGGGCUGUCUUCCUGAGGCGUCCUCCGGAACCCUGCCAUUCUGCAAGCAAGACCAGCUCGUCUGAAGACUCAGAUGCUGAUCAAUACUACGUGUACAGUCUGGGAGGACCUUUGGAGUCCCUUAGCUGAGUCGGAAAACAAAGCCACAGAGCUGCAGGUCCGCCGUUUGCCUAAUUAACGACUUGGAGGUCCCGUGACCUUGGUUACUGACAAUUUAUCUGAAAGCACUUCGAAAACUGUAAUGACAUUAUGUGAAGGAGCUGUCAUGAAUAAAGUAUCGAUUUGGACAGGGAGGAGAGCGCAGCGACCAAGCCUACAGCAGGCCAGGCCUCGGCUUCAGGUGUGGUGUGUGAAGCCCGGCCAGCCUCC